GGCGCAGCUUGAUGACGACAUUAGGCGCCGAGUGGCCGAAUGGCUGCUCCCAUUUCUGAGAACCUCGAGAUUUGUGCUAUCUGAACGGCAGUGGUUCCCUAAGGCAGCCAUUUCUUGCUUGCCCUGGAAGGCUACUAUGGCGUUCCCUCACUUACAACAGCCUAGUUUCCUCCUGGCUAGCCUGAAAGCUGACUCUAUAAAUAAGCCCUUUGCUCAGCGUUGCCAAGAUUUGGUGAAAGUCAUUGAGGAUUUUCCAGCCAAGGAAUUGCAUGCCAUCUUCCCAUGGCUGGUGGAGAGCAUCUUUGGCAGCCUGGACGGUGUCCUUGUUGGUUGGAAUCUUCGAUGCCUACAGGGACGUGUGAACCCUGUGGAGUACAGCAUAGCAAUGGAAUUUCUAGACCCAAGUGGCCCAAUGAUGAAGCUGGUUUAUAAGCUUCAAGCUGAAGACUAUAACUUUGACUUUCCUGUCUCCUGUCUUCCUGGCCCUGUGAAGGCAUCCAUUCAAGAGAAUGUACUCCCUGACAGUCCUCUGUACCACAACAAGGUCCAGUUUCCCCCAACCGGAGGCCUUGGUCUGAACCUGGCCCUCAAUCCAUUCGAAUACUAUAUGUUCUACUUUGCUUUGAGCCUCAUCUCUCAAAAGCCAAUGCCUAUGUCCCUCCAUGUUCGUACUUCGGACUGUGCCUAUUUCAUCCUGGUGGACAGGUACCUAUCGUGGUUCCUGCCCACUGAAGGCAGUGUGCCUCCACCACUCUGCUCCAGUCCAGGAGGCUCCAGCCCCUCACCAGCUCCCAGGACACCAGCCAUGCCUUUUGCCUCCUAUGGCCUCCACACUAGCCUCUUGAAGCGACACAUCUCUCAUCAGACAUCUGUGAAUGCAGACCCUGCAUCCCAUGAGAUCUGGCGGUCAGAAACUCUCCUCCAGGUUUUUGUGGAAAUGUGGCUUCAUCAUUACUCCCUGGAGAUUUAUCAAAAAAUGCAGUCCCCUCAUGCCAAGUUGGAGGUUCUGCACUACCGACUCAAUGUCUCCAGCGCCCUCCACAGCCCUGCCCAACCCAGCCUCCAGGCCCUCCACGCCUAUCAAGAGUCCUUCACGCCUACUGAGGAGCACGUGCUGGUGGUCCGCCUUCUGCUGAAGCACCUGCAUGCCUUUGCCAACAGUCUGAAGCCAGACCAGGCUUCACCAUCAGCGCACUCCCAUGCCACCAGUCCCCUGGAGGAAUUCAAACGGGCUGCAGUGCCUCGGUUUGUCCAGCAGAAGCUGUAUGUCUUCCUGCAGCACUGUUUUGGCCACUGGCCUCUGGAUGCAUCCUUCAGAGCUGUCUUGGAGAUGUGGCUGAGCUACCUGCAGCCAUGGAGGUAUGCCCCCGAGAAACAGGCUCAGGGCAGUGAUUCCCAGCCACGGUGUGUGUCGGAGAAGUGGGGAUCCUUCAUCCAGGAAAACCUGCUGAUGUACACCAAGCUGUUCGUGAGUUUCCUGAACCGUGCCCUACGCACAGACCUUGUCAGCCCCAAGAACGCACUCAUGGUCUUCCGAGUGGCCAAGGUCUUUGCCCAGCCCAACCUGACUGAGAUGAUCCAGAAAGGUGAGCAGCUGUUCCUGGAGCCAGAGCUCAUCAUUCCCCACCGCCAACAUCGGCUCUUCACAGUUACAACCAGCUUUCUGUCACCGUGGCCCCCUGUUGUGACAGAUGCCUCAUUCAAAGUGAAGAGCCAUGUCUACAGCCUGGAGGGCCAAGACUGCAAAUAUACCCCAAUGUUUGGUCCUGAAGUCCGAACCCUGGUAUUGCGCCUUGCUCAGCUCAUCACACAGGCCAAGCAGACUGCCAAGUCUAUCUCCGAUCAGUAUGUGGAGAGCCCAGCUGGCCGCUCCUUCCUGUCAUGGCUGGGCUUUGGCUCCACAGACACGAAUAGCUGCUACCCAGCCAAUGACCUGGAUGAAAUGGGUCAGGACAGCAUCCGCAAGACAGACGAGUACCUAGAGAAGGCCCUGGAGUACCUGCGCCAAAUAUUCCGGCUCAGCGAAGCCCAGCUGGCUCAGCUCACACUUGCCCUGGGAAGUGCUCGGGACGAGAAUGGGAAGCAGCAGCUCCCAGACUGCAUUGUUGGGGAAGAAGGACUCAUCCUUACACCCUUGGGCCGAUAUCAGAUCAUUAAUGGUCUGCGAAAGUUCGAGAUUGAGUACCAGGGGGACUUAGAGCUGCAGCCCAUCAGGAGCUAUGAAAUCACCAGUCUGGUCCGUGCGCUCUUCCGGCUGUCUUCUGCCAUCAACCGCAGAUUUGCAGGCCAGAUGGCAGCUCUGUGUUCCCGGAAUGAUUUCCUUGGCAGCUUCUGUCGGUACCACCUCACUGAGCCUACCUCGAGCAACAGACACCUGCUGAGCCCUGUAGGACGGAGGCAGGUCACCAACCCUGCACGGGGCCCCAGGCUCAGCCUCCGUUUCCUGGGCAGUUACCGGACACUGCUUCUGCUCCUGAUGGCCUUCUUUGUGGCUUCUCUGUUCUGCAUUGGGCCCCUGCCCUGCUCCUUACUCCUGGUCCUAGGAUACAUCCUCUAUGCCAUAGCUAUGACACUACUCACUGAGCGGGGGAAACUGCACCAGUUGUGAGCUAGCCAUUCUCUCCUGAGCAGACUAUGGUAGGUCAUCUUCAGAGUUCUUGGGAGUGGUUUCCCUGCAAUGGUUGGAAGUGAGAGUGAUCCAGGCAGGCCUGACAUGGAAGGAAGGGUCAGUGUCAGAAGGUUUAUUAUGAAAGACAAUCAGUACUGGCCAUGGAUCUGCACCUUGUCCAAGGGCCCACAGCAGUUGAGCUAGUAUUCAAGGACUUUGUGACCAUUUCACGACUCUGCUGUACAGAGCUCAGGAACUAGUGUGCCCACAGCAGGCCCUAGUUCUAGGCUCUGUGGGAGCUGGUCCUGUGUAGGUCUCUCUGAGGUGGGCAGAAUGGGUUGUGAUCUUUUCUCUCUAGGGCAUAAAGCACCAGGAUGGCAGCUCAGUAUUCACUCCAGAGGAGACGCAGUCUGCAGGAGACUGAGCUUCGGGGUGGAGCUGGGUGCCUUCAGGCUCUGGACAGAGCUCGGCGGCAUUGGCUUUGCCUGUAACACUAAGGAGUUUAAGGGAACAUCACGUUUGUAACAACACCCGCAUGAAAGAAACACCUUCACAUCAAAGCUAAGAUACCAAAGGGCUUGAAUUCACCCUGCAAGUGAUGCUGGCAACAAUGCCAUCUCCAUGGUGUUCUUAAACCAGCCCCUUGGUUUGGGUGUGUAUAGCUGUUUUUAAAGAAAUCAAAACAAAACAAAACUGUUUUUCUUCAAGCUUAUCACCAGGCUUUGUAUUUUGACGUAACUUCAGAAUACAUCAUGGGACCCAUGACCAAAAGUCAACCCAAAACACAACUGACCAAGGAUCCGAAUAAACCACUCUUGAUUCGGAGGAUUGGGCUGAAUCUGUAGCAUAUUCAGCUGCCGAGGGACUCUGGGCACUUGGGAACUGUGGAGGAAGCUCCUGGACAUGGCACCUCCUUCCCUUGUGAUGCAGUUCUUUCUGACUGAAAGUCCUGUUUCCUGCCUAAGGCGUGUUGAAUUCAACUGCAGAAACGAGCAGGCAGACUAACCCAGAGGUUGGGGCAGGCCCUAUGGAGCCCGAAACUGACUUCCCUGUUCAACGCCUCAGAACUGGCUCUAAUUGUUAUCCAGAACAAAUACCACGUCGGCUUCCAGAAACUUUUUAAAACGAUGUCAUUUUUAUUUUAUGUGAGUGAACGUUGCAUGUGUGCGCUCAUUACAUGGAUACAUUGCUGAAGGAGGCCAGAAGAGGGAGGUGGUGGUGCUGGAGACAAACUCCAGGCUUCUGCAGUGCUCUUAACCAAGUGCUGAGCCGUCUCUUCUGCCUCCAGAUCUAUACUGGCCAGCUCCAGGCCAGCAUCUUCCCAGGAGUGCAGCGCCCUAUGGUGGGAGGGGCAGUUGCCAUUCGAGACGCCCCCUGUUCCUAGUUCCUCUGCUCAGAGCAGAAUGACUAGCUCCUAUCAAUAACCCUAUCAAUAUUUAUGUUUUGUGUGUGGGGUAGAGAUAGGCUGGCCUUGAACUCAGAGACCCUCCUGCUUAUGCCUCUCAAGUAUUUGGAUCAAAGGCUUGUGCCACUACUUUACCUGGCCUAUCAGUAUUUACGAGUCUUUUUUAUUUUUUUUAAACUCUUGACAGUUUCUGUCUCUUUCUCGCUGUCUGUCACACACACAUGUAUUGGUCACAUCUACCACUCCAAAGUCCCCCUGGAUUUUAAUUUUUUAGAUUGACUUAUAGGGGGUUGGGGGAAUGCAGUGCAUGCAUAUGUGCCAUGGUAUAUGUAUGUAGGUCAGAGUAGAAGUGGAAGGAGACAGCUCUCCUAGCACAUGGGAUUGAGGAAUGUUAGGCUUUGAAGCAAGUCACCUGCUUUCACAGCUUUCAGUUGUCAACCUGAUUUACCGAGGAAAGGGACCUUUUCUUGAUGGAUCCCUAGGCAGGUGGGUCUGGGCUGUAUAAGAAAGGUAGCUGAAAGUGAGCUGGGGAGAAAAUCCCAAGCAGUAUUCUUUCUUUGGUUCCUGCUCAAGCUCCUGCCUUGAGUUCUUUCUUAGUGUCUGUCCAUGAUAGACCUGUAAGUUAAACCCUCUCGUGUCCAUUUUGCUUUUCUUUUGCUCAUGGUGUUUAUCAAAGCAACAAAAAAUAAAAUAGGACACUCAACUAAGCCAUCUUCCUGUUUUGACUUAUUUUUAGGAUAAGAUCUCACUGAUGUCUGUGGUGAAAUUUUGUAUCCUAGGCUAGGAUUCUAUAAUGAGCUUCAAGGGUCAGUUUGAAAUGAUCGUUUUAUUAUUCUUUGUGUGUUUGUUUUGAAGACAGGAGGAUCUCACUAUGUAGCU